UAAGAGGAUUUUAUCUUUUUUUGAAUAACUUCCGAGAACGUCCAAGAUACCACCAACACGUACAACAAUUGUAAACUACGGCAUCAUAUUAGCAUCUAAAAAUGGCGGAUUUACGUGUUGAGGAGCUGAGGAAAGCCAUCAAAGGCAUCCUCAAAGGAGCAGAUCUUGACAACCUUUCUACGAAGAAAGUGAGAAAGCAGUUAGAACAAAAGUUUGACACAGAUUUGUCUGAGAGGAAAAAGGAAAUUGAUAAAUUGGUCAUGGAAAUGAUCAAUGACGAAGAAGAGGAAGAAGAAGAAAAAGAUGAAGAAGCAGCUGCAGACAAGGAAGACAGAACAGAGGCAAAUUCCGAUGAUGAAGCUGAGGCAAAUGAAGAUCAGAAUGGUGCUGCUAGUGAGGAAGAGUCAGAGGAUGAGGUUCCAAAGAAGAAAGCGAAAAAGUCAACAUCUUCAUCAUCAGCAAAGCCAAAGUCUGCUAAGCGAAAGUCAGCAGGAAAAGCAGAUGACAGUGAGGAUCCUGUGAUGUCCAGUAUCAAACAGAUGGAUGAUGAAGAUCUUGCCAAAAAAUUACAGGAGGAAGAAUCAGGUCUCCGUCGAAGAGCGGCUCGCAGAGCAGCCCCUCAACCAAAGCCAAAAAAGAAGGAAAAAGAAAAGGAUCCUGAUCAGAAAAAGAAGAAAAACUCUCUUUACAGUCGGCCUUGUCAAUUGUCAGAGGAGUUGGCUGCAGUGGUUGGAACUAAUGAGAUGCCUCGAUCAGACGUAGUGAAAACUAUGUGGUCGAUAGUGAAGGAGAGGAAUCUUCAGGACCCUGAAAACAAGCAGUACAUGUUGUGUGAUCCUCAGAUGGAAGCUUUGUUUGGUGUGAAACGGUUACGGACUUUUGCUAUGAUGAAGUAUCUGAAAAAGCACAUUGUGGAUACCCAUCGAUCAUAGCUGGAUGUUCGUAGCUUCCGCAUGUGAACUCAUUUGAAGGAAUGGGAUUAUGAUUGGGAAACCAUUGAGAACAUGAACAGCCGAACGAUGCGAAUGCUGUUUUGUUUUUUUAUUUUAGUUUUUGGUACUACUUUAAUAUUCAUAAGCACUUAGAAAAAUCAAAAUUGUAAUAAAGUAGAGAAUGCAUUUCAUUUAGUAAUAUAUAUAUGAUAUGUCUCAUUUUUUCAUCCAUUAUUUUUUAAAUAAAUUUUGUUGUUGUCAAAAGUCGGUCACCACUUACGCUAAUGCUAUCAUUCCUUUCCUUUAGCUGGAAUAUCUAUUGUUUUGUUGGUGGAAAAAAAAAGAUAUGGAGAGAUCAGAUAUUGCUUUCAAAGUCAAGCACAACAUGUGUGUGUCUGGAUUGCUUGACUGUGCCAUACAUGUACCUCUUUUGCCUGUUCUGAGAAUUGGUUGCUAGCAACAUACCCUUUUCUAGUAGAGUUAAUUGUCGUUCCUUUGUUUGUUUUUUUCCUCUUGUUUAUUUUAAUUAUGAAGCACAAAACUCUUAUACUGCUUUCAGUAAUCAUUACUUUUUAUCUGAGAAUGUUAUCUCUUUGCCCAGUUCUUAGGCAAUUUGCUGGAUUAUGUAUUGCCUUAAGUCAAACUAUCUUGACUGUACUGUGCUGAGAGUCAUUAAAAUCCUCAUGUUGAUCCAUGUUUUACACUUAAAACGUUGACAUUGUAUGGAAGUCAUGUUUAUACAUAUAUGUAGGGGCCAGUGGAAAAACCAGAUAAGUCACAUUUUAAGAAAGUGAAAAAAAAAUGGAAAUUAAAAGUUCGAAAGUAGGCUACCUGAUUGUGAGUAUAACAUUUCUUUUACAUUACAUAGCUAGCUGGGUUAUCCUUGGAAUCAUUUGUUGAGAAGAAAUAUAGAUCUAAUAUUGAUUUUUAAAGAGUGCCACAAGGGCAAGAACUAAUUUGAUAAAAUUUGUGUGGUUUUUUCCGCUGGAGUCUUCUUACACAUUUAUUAGACAUAAUUUUAUGUCAAAAGCGUGACUUACUCAUCAGAAUGUGUUCUUCCAUCUGUUAAAUUGGCUCUCCCAUGUCAGUUGAAUUUUAAAAAAACCAAUGAGUUUGUUUGAAUUUAAGUUUUGCUGAGAAAGGCUAUUCAUUCAUUGUGUUAAUAAAAAAAUUUCAUACUUCAAAAUGCACCAUU